AUUGCCGUACUUAAAAAUGUAUAUUAAAUUCGUUGUGUUUUAUACGGUAGUGUUUUCUUUAAAAUCCGCAUUGUCUGGUGUUAACAUUCACAAUGGUUUAAAUCUUAGGAACACACAUCAAAUGUAUUUGAAUAACCAACAUAAUGUACAAAAUGAUCAAAAUACGUAUAGACCUUUGGAUCUAUCAAGUUUUGCUAGAAAUAAUAAUAACCACGAACCAAUUUUACGUCAACAGCAACAGAAUAUAAAAAUUCCAAGUUAUAACCCAUCAUUACUACCGCAUCGACCACCAUUGAAUAAAGUUCCGAAUCAAAUUCCAAAUGUACAUGUAUUAUUACCAAAUAAAAGAGUUGACAAUUUUUACAAUAGUGGCAAUCAAUUCGCAGUAACUUUGCCAAAAAAUUAUAAUGUUCAAAAUAAUUUGAAGCGGGAGGUCAAUGGAUACAGAAAUAGACCAGAAAACUUUAAAGUGACACCUGUUCUGCCUGUAGUAGAACAUAAAGAUGUAGAAAGAACUACCAAUGGUCUAUUAGAAAACAAAAAUGGGAAAAUUUUAAUGCCCGUAACGGUGCAGCCUGUGUCCAGAGUGCCACAUAUUGACGUUAAUAAGGAACUUUUAAAUAAAUUAACGCCCCAACUUAACAACAUACAAAGAUCUGUAAUAAACGAUGCUCUUGAUCGUCAGAAGCCUACGAUAAACCACCAAAAUGUAUUCAGUCAAGGAAACAUACAGCCACAACGAACUUUACUGAACCCCAGAAAUAAUCUACAAAGAAAUCAUUACCCUCAAAAUAAACGUUUUACUGUAAUUCACGAUAAUGGAUACGUCGAAUAUUUUGAUAACCUAGAAACUAUCCUAAGAAAGUAUCCGCAUGUAAGGAUAGCAGACAAUAUUCUUAAACUAAUUCCAAAUCGAAAUCAUAACAUUCCUCAAUCCAAACCUUUGACACAUAACUCCGAUUCUAAUGCAAAUAUAAAAAUAAAUCUGCCGUUAGAACAGCAACCUAAAUUACUAAAUAAAAGUGUACCAACACAAACGAUGCUGCACACAUCUAAACGUACUCAAAAUCCAAAAAUAGAAACUAACAUCCAAAAGAAAGAUACUUCACUAAUGAACAAGUCAAAUGAUAAUUUUGGAACACUGCAGACAUCGACAUUAUUACCAAUUACAGUAGAUAAUAAAAAAUCAGAAAACUUAAAAUCGUCAAACAUACCAAUGAAAUUACAGGAAAAUAAAGAGAUGAAUUUCAUAACAACGGCCGAAAAUAUUGUUAAAAUACAAUCUACUGAUGUUUCUAACAAGAAUAAUAAAACAACACCGCUUAAAAACAGAAUUCCCAGCGAUGGUAAUAAGCAAAAACCACCUAUAGAUGUGAUAUUGAACAGUGAACAAAAAAUACCACAUCAAGAAAAUAAAACUAACAUUUCACCAGUGAUUUCAAAUAAUAAAUAUGAACAUUCUGAAAAUGUUACCAAACUUCAAGAGGAUUUACAUUUAAACAAAUCUAAAGAAGUAAAAACUCCGAUAGUCGUACAAAAUAAAACUGAGAACAAAACUGUAAGUACAUAUGAAAGUAAACCAGAAAUCAUAAAAAAAUCUUCUUUAAAUAAUGACACGGUAGACAAAAUUGAUGGAACACAAUCAAAUUGUACGAAACAAUAUGAAGUUAAAAACAAGUUAAAACCUCAAAGAGUUGAUGAAAUUAAUCAGAAAGAUAAAGGAGAAAUGGAUGACGAUUAUGAUGAAGAUUUAUUGUCCCUUGUGAAACCAGUAAUGUGGUUUAGUACAACAGAUCCUGAGUUUUGGAAGAAGCUUGUUAGUGUUGAUGAAAACCCUAAUUUUAUUUAUAUCAUCAACGUUCAAUCUCAGCCGAAAAUUGAAAAGGACAGAAAAACUAUGAUACAUGCAAAUGGAACCAUCGUUGAAGAAAUAACAGAAACUAUCUGGGAUGCAGGAGAUGAUGUGCCACCAAAAAUUAUCAAAACUAUAAAAGUGACUCCCGCCAAUGCUGUUUCGGAUGGAGCUUAACGUUUGUUCUAAUUUUGGGUGAGACUUAUCUCGCACAAUUAAACUC